AUGCAAGUGAGAGUCUGUGGUAGAAAUCAGACGUCCAGUGCCUUCACAGUAACUACCAUUCAGACAAGGCGAAAGACGAAGCAGUCAAACCCCAGAAAGGCUGUGGCAGUAGAUGCUAUCCAGAAAUCGGAGGUAUCAGAACAGGCAUACAAAACCGUCACUGACCGAAUAGAACAACAAAAGCGUUGA